AUGGAUAAAUUAAAAUCUCUAGGAACUAGUUUACCACCGGAACAACCUCCUACAGAUGAAAAUAUCGAAACUUUGAAUACUGAAAUUUCAAACGAAUUUAAGAACGCUGCAAAUUCUGUAGCGAAACUAUAUAGGCUUUCAAAUGAGAAAAAUUCAUUAUUAAGACACAAAGGUUAUUUAAAUUGUCUAGAAGAUAUUUUAAAUGAGAUAGAAAUCUCAAAUGGAAAUAUUUCUAUAACAGAUUUGAAAAAUUGGUGUCUGGAAAAACGUAAUGAUUUAGUCUCGUCCUGCAACAAUGGCGGAGAUAUGAGGAAUUCAAUAAUAAAUGAAACUAUGAGAGAUAGAAAAAACUUUGAUUUCAAAGCAUCAGAAGUAUCGGAUAUUACAUCACCUAAAUUUAUUAAAUCAAUGCCGCCACCAAGUGUAGAGUAUACAAAACCAAGCAAUAAUUCAAGACGUUACAAAAAGAAUACUGUCGUAACAUAUAUGCAGCCUACCAAUUCUCGAUCUCAACAAAAUCAGAAGCCUUCAAUUGCACACGUAGAUAAAAAGCCAAAGUUGGAUAAUAAUUAUAAUGAUUAUGAAGAUAGUUAA